AGAGCUGCGUUGUCGUCACUGGUUGUCUGUUGACACAGACGACGACUUCACUUCCACCAGCGGCAGCAACAUGUUGCCACAACGCAGCUGACCGCUGUUUUGACCGAUGAUGGCCAGCGAGGAGAAGAACGAGACAGCUGACGACGUGAGGCAAUCGUUGUCUGACGGGGACUGGGUCACCCGACGUCAGCGAGGACAAUGGCAGUGUCAGGACCUCCGGCCGGAUGCCGCUGGGGUCGCAGUGGAGAUGCAAAAGGACUGUGGGGGCGCACGUGGAGAGUUCGAUACCCGUGAUGGAGAAAGCAUAGCGACAAGGUCUAAAGUGGAUGCUGAGCUACUUGGUGAAGAAUACGAUUCGAAACAGCUGGACGCAAAGCUAAUAAAGGGGUCAUCAGCUGUGGACAACGAGAAGUUCACAACGCAAGAUUCGAACUCCAAUGCCUCCCCACGGUGCAAACUAUCAAGGCGAACAACAACUUCUGCACCAGAGGAGAAAGAAAGGUAUAAGGAGACAAACAUCAAUAGUUGCUACAUUAAACAACUAAAUACCCACUGCAACCUUGUUAUUUUUUAAUGGCAAAGUAGGCAA